CCCAGAAAAUCCAUGUCCCGACGGCUGGUAUUUUGGGUUGGGUUUAUGCUACUAUGUCAGCAAAGCAGAUAACGGAGACAGCUGGCUGACUUGGGAAGAAGCUGAACAAUGGUGUAAUCUGAAUAAAGGUCACCUGACCACUUUGAAUGUGGGCGACGAGCGGGAGUACAUCAAGAGCCUUAUUGGUCGUGAGACAGAAUCCUUCUGGAUCGGCCUGAAUAAUAUGGCAUCUGCGGGCAACUGGAUAUGGUCGGAUGGAACUGAAUAUGAUCCGAAAACUGCCGAGUGGUCCUCAGAUGACCCAACGAAUAACAACAACAUGGAAUACUGUGCACUUAUCAAUGAGAACGAACAAUGGGAGGACCAUAACUGUGGUUUACGACGACCCUACAUUUGUAAGUGGGAUACAAGGAACACGGAGCCCAUCAUUGUCACCCAGAAGCCACCAGAGGGAGAAUGCUUCGAAGGCACUUACAAGCUAAAAGACAGAUGUUAUGAUCUGAGGUCCAUGGCUGAGCCCAAGACAUGGAUCGAAGCACACAAGGAAUGUCAGUUCCGUUCAGGACAGCUUGCAUCAAUCCACAGCCAAGGUGUUCAAGGGCUUCUCAGCUUUCCUUUGAAAAAUAUCCAAAACGACGUCUGGAUUGGAUUGAGUCGCUUCGGAAAGUUCGAUCAGUACUACUGGGCCGACGGCUCAGCGGUGGACUUCACGAACUGGGCGCUGGGAGAACCAAACGGCCCUUUUCAACAAGACGGCGAUAACAAGGUAAACUACUGCGCCCAGUUGUCCAACAAUCCAAUCUACGCAGGGAAGUGGAGUGAUGUCGACUGCGAAAAGGAAAACGGUUUCAUAUGCGAGAUGCCACUUGAUACCAAAGGAAACCCGCAGCCUGUCCCCUACGAACCCUGCCCUGUAAAGCUGAAUUACCACAAGUACGAAGAUUCCUGCUUCAGAGUCUUUACAUACAACUCCUCCAACGCCAACGCCGUGGCUGACUGCGAGGAGGACGGGGCAUAUCUGCCGUCCCUUGGCGACGCCUACGAACAGGCCUUCGUUGGGAUGGUCAUGUCGUACUUCGGCGUUGACAGCGCGUGGCUUGGGAUGAGGAGAGGGGCUAUGGGGCAGUUUCAGUGGUUGGAUGGCUGGCCUGUCCAGUACACCAACUGGGCUAAAGGCUACCCGAUUGGAUCCAACGACGUGCUGAACGAUUGCGUUGUCAUGACUCAUGAAGGAUGGCGCAAUGUCAAUUGCUACAGCUAUGCGCACCCUACAGUUUGCAAAAUCACAACAGCGCCCCAGCCGCCACCCCCUGACCCUCCGUCUGGUGACUGCCGCAAAGGCUGGAUCGCCGUCGACGACAGAUGCUUCUUCUUCGAUACCCAGAACACGGAGGUUAGCUACGUGGAGGCACUUGUCCUGUGCCAGCAGCGAGGAGCCAACGUCUUCCCGGCGAGUAGUCUGAGCAGAGAGGUGAACACCUUCCUGCAGAUCAAUGCCAGCGCAGUCUUGGACGUCAACAAAAUCUGGCUGGGUCUUUUCUGCCAAGACGGAGAGUUCCAGUGGAAUGAUGGUUCGCUAUAUUACUACACUAACUGGGCCGGUGAAUAUCCAACUUUACCGAUAGAGAGCAACGCCUGCGUGCAGCUUUCAACAGAGGGCUCGGGACAAUGGAGGAACAGCGAUUGCUUUAUCAAGGCGGGAUAUGUAUGCGUGGCACCCUACGAUGUGCUCUCAACAAAAGCUUCAACGACUGGAGGAACUACCACUGGACAACCCCCACCAGUACCAACGAAACCGAAAACUUUGUCGACUGAAGCAAUUAUUGGCAUCUCUUUUGGAUGUGGUGGCGUCGCGCUGAUUACCCUCCUGGCAUUUGUUUCUUUCAUGUACGAGAAACAUUCAGCAAAGCAUAAGAGAAACAGGAUUGAACCCAUUGAAUCAGAGUCAAACUCGGAGUCCGGACUUGUACCCUCGAGUCCAGGUCUGGACUCAGAGUCCAGGCCCUUCAAUCUGCCACCUGUUGCAGACGAGUCCACUGCAUAAUUCAUCACAGGUGCCUAAGGUCACAGUAGCAUCAGGUGAGCGUGAAAGAUCCUUAAUAUUACCGAUACACCAUUGAAUGCUCCUGACUCUAAACCAAAUGUUACCUGUCCUUACCUGAACCUUGACUUCAGCUCAAUUUGCUCCAGAUUUGGUACAAUAGUUUGGAUUUCAUGUUUGUGAUUUUUAAUAUUACCCUUAGAACACAAGCCAAUCAACUCAAGAGCCACAGAUAAAAAGCAACAUAAGACUUUGAACUCGCGCAAUAUAAUUUUGUAAUAUUUUGCAAUGUAAUUUCUUGUGUAUCCCAUUAUGAUAUUUAGAUGCAAUUUCAAUAUAAUGUAAAAUGCACCACACAUUGUGACAAAGCUCUUGGGACAUGGAGAACUUUUCCAAAUUGCCAGAUGGUACAACCAAGACUACAAGGUGCUUACUAUUAUUCAUUAUCUCAUAUCCACGGGGCCUAUAUUAGUUUGAUGCAGCCACGUCUACUCUCACAGGUACCCGUUUACAUUCUUGGAUGGAGAGAGGCAUUACUCAGGCUGGUAGUAACAGUGACCUGCCCAAGGUCACAAUAUAAAACCAACUGCUCAAUUCAAAGCCUGGCCACAUGUUUGAGAAUUAUAUACUCGACCACUAGGCCACCUCUACUCCUGAGUAGGCCUGUGCAAGACAAGUCAAACCCUAUAAUCGGAGUCCAGACUACAAACUAUUAAGCCUAACACUCCUCAGUCCUCCAACAGGUGAAGGACUGAGGAGGGUUAGGGUUAAAG